CAACAGCAGCUGCCAUGACAUCGCCAGGGUGCCGGCGUGGUGCAGAGGAGGACGUGACGGCAGCGGGGUGGCGGUGCCGGAGGAAGCACGUCUUUGUGCUAAGCGAAGCAGGGAAGCCCAUCUACUCCCGGCACGGCAACGAGGAAGCGUUGGCGGCCACCAUGGGUGUCAUGAUGGCACUCGUCUCCUUCAUCCAGAGUGGUGGCAACGCCAUCCGCGCCAUCUGCUCCGAGGACCGGACGCUGGUGUUUGAGCAGCGGGGGCCGUUGCUGCUAGUGUCAGUGUCACGCACACGGCAGUCAGCAGCCCAGCUGCGGCGGGAGCUGGCGUUUGUCCAUGAGCAGAUCCUCAGCCUCCUCACCCGUGGCGGCAUCGCCCGCGUCUUUGCCCGCCGCCGCGGUUAUGACCUCCGGCGCCUCCUGGCUGGUGCCGAAGCCGUCCUGGACCGCUUGCUUUCUGGUGCGGCAGCAGACGGGCGGUUAUUGUUGGGUGCCGCGCGUUGCCUGCCCCUCCCCGCGCCUCUCCGACGGGCAGUUUCAGGGGCUCUGCGCCGCGCUGCCGCUGCCGCCGUCCCCGCGCCUGCUUUGGCCUUGCUGGCAGCUGGUGGGCGGUUGGUGACGGCAGCGCGGCAGCGGGCCUUGGCAGAGGGCGGGCAAUUGUGUGCCAGCGACCUCCACCUCCUCCUCAACCUUUUGGGGAGCGGGGUAGGGGCAGGUGAGGUGUGGACCCCUGUCUGUUUACCCCACUUCAACCCCGAUGGCUACUUCUACGCCUAUGCAGCAGCACUGGGCGAGGAGGAAGAGGAGGAAGGAGGCACUGGUGGCAGAACCAGCGGUGCAGUGACACUCAUCCUGCUGUCAACAGAGCGUGAGGGGUUCUACGCAGCAGCAGGGUGCCGGCGGCACUUGGAGGAUACCCUGCGAGUGCAGGGGUGGUUGGGGGAGCUGGCGGCAGCGGUGCGGGGGGGGGCAGGCUAUGGCCCCUCCCGCCCUGGUGCCCCUGAGCUCCGCCAUUUUCUCUACAAGCCCUUGGAGGGGCCGGAGGAGAUGCAGCAGCUGCCACAGUUUACAAGCCCCGAGCUGGAGGACCCCUACACUAGCGAGGAGGAGCAACACCGGCUCUUUGACCUGUACCACUACCUGCACAGCCGUGUGCACAGCCCCCACCGGCCCCUGCGCCUCCUCUACCACGUGGCAGAGAAGGAGACGCUUUUAGCUUGGGUGACAAGCAAGUUUGAGCUGUACGGCUGCUUCAGCCCACUGGUGACCAAGGCGGGGGCCAUUGGGGUCCUCACCAAGCUGCUGCGCUGGCUGAAGAAGGAGGAGGACUGGCUCUUCAUCCGUUACCCACCGCCAUACUGCGCCGCCCCUGCCCGCCCUGAGGGGGCCGAGGCCGAGGGCUGAGCACCCCCCGGCCCUGACGUGGGGAAUAAAGCGCCGCCAGAGAAAA